AUGCAAAUAUAUUUAAAUCGAUUAAUUCAAAAUCAAUAUUUUCAAUUAAUAUUACAUUUAAUAUCUCCUUUAGUCGACAUUCUAUUAUUCAUGUUUACGAUUAUUUUUCAUAUUAUUAAACGUAUAUGUUUCGAAGUAUAUCUUUUAUUUACACGACUUCCACCUACACAAGCAUGGAUGGACCUACGAGAACAAGAACUAGUAGUGAAAUAUAUUCAGAAGUUAAAACGAGAACGAAGGUAAUAUGAAACGUUAUAAUUAGUCAGCAUACAAAUCAUGCAUUUGAUGAAUUAUAAAUCCUUUCAUGCAACAGAAGAUUCGAAGUUUCUUAUUAUGUUUAAGAAUAGAAAUUUUCCAUUAGACUCUCCUGUUUGUUAUGACUCAUUUAUUUUCAUAGGUUUUUGACUAAAAGAGUUUUUCAAAAAAAAUCAAAGAAAUUUUUCAGAUCAAAAGCCUGAAAACUCGACAUCACAUAUAUGUCCUAGACAAAAAACGAACUUUAAGUUAAAUUAAACUUAGACAGAAUUUGUUUACGAAAUAAUUUUCUUUUAUUUAAAAAUAAAUUUCAAUGUUUUUGCUUACAUUAAGCAAAUAUGUAACACAUUAUUGUUUGUUUUUAAAUACACAGCGUAUUCAUUUUCACUUAUUCAUAUUGUAAUGGAUGUACCAAUGACUUCUUCUAUGUCGAUAUUGAAAAAUGAUUUUCGAAAGUAUUUUUUAGGAACAAGUCAAUCAAUAUUUUUAAUUUUUGGAACUUUAAAUACAAAGAAAAGACAUUAUAGGAAAUACACAAGCUGAACGUCUAUGAAUUAAUCGUAAAUUUCAAGACAAAUGAAUAUCGAUAAAAAAAAUGCUUUUCAAAAAGCUUAAGUUAAAAGAUUCUUUCUUUUUAUUAUGGUUAGAGCUUGCUCAGAUAAAUUGAAUUUCGACUGAAAACAUUUGCAAACUCUACUACUUCCUUCGAUUCGGCUACACUUCAAUUAAAGUUGCACAUAACUUAAUAUAAAUAUAUAAGAUCAGUUCUUUAUUCUCAUCUUUUUCGAUUGUUUUUUUUUUAAAAUCCUUCAGAAACUUUGUUUAAUUUUGCCUCAAUCUUAACUUUGCUUGAUAAAUAUCAAUUUUGCGAGAAAUGACUUAAUCAAGAGAGGUUUUUACUGCUUUUAAUAACAUGAAAGAGAUUACAAAAAAUAGUUUUUGCACGAUUUUAAAUCGGUUUUUAUUAAAAGAAUCAGAAUAAUCGAUGAAAUUUUAAUGUUUUUUUUGAAUAUUUUUUCAUUAUAAUAGAUUAGCAAUCAAUUAUUAAUCGAGCGAAUAUGAAUGAUUUUAGUCGACAAAUAAUUGAUUUUCUUGUGUUUUUUAUAAAAAACUUUUCUUAUAUGGGUAUUGCAGAAAGAAAUUGUUUCUUCUCUUUUGUUCUUAUUAAGAAUACUAUUGGAUUUGAUUUCGGAACGAGACGAAAUCAAUUUUAAGCUUAUUUCCUGUGUUCCUGAAAUUGUUUGAGGAAAACGAAUAUGUCAGAAAGAUUUGAAUGCAGGAAAGAGUAUUUCAUACAUGAUCAGUGGCGUACUCAGAAAUUUUUCAAGGGGGGGGGCCCAACUUCGUAAGGGGGGGGGGGGGCCCGCCAUGGCACAAAAAAUUUUUUAUCACGCGAAAAUAUUUUUUCCUGUACCCCCCUUCCGGGCUUUUUCGUCUCAAGGG